AUGAUUAAAUGUGAAGACAAUGAAACUAUUGCUGAAAAACUCAUCGCCGAAGACAGUCAUCGAGAGUCAAAUGCCAAACAAAUGAAUGAUAAGAACGAAGACAUGAGUGAAGAGUCGGACGAGAGUUAUGUCGAAGAAUUGGGCGAAGAAUCAGAUAAUAGUUGUGUCGAAACGAAGACAAAGAAUGCAAUCAAAAGACAUAAACCGACAAAAAGUGGUUCAAAAUCUUGUGUUUCUCUUCUGAUCCCAGAUUUGAAUGAAAGACAGAAAAUGUUUGAUUUGACCACAAAUUCAUACAAAUGUCCGAAAACUGAUUGUCACAAGACUUUUGAAACGGACGCUAGAUUUCAAAGGCAUUUAUAUAAAUUUCAUACAAACCGUGUGUUUAAAUGUGAAUACAAUGGAUGUGAUAAACAGUAUAGACUGACACAUGAGCUCAAGAAACACAUGACCACACAUUCAAGUGAUAAACCAUUUAAAUGUGCUGUCAAUGGUUGUCGGUAUGAAAGCGGAUGUAAAGACUAUUUACGUAAUCACAUGCAGACACACAACACAAAGAGAACUUUUGUAUGCGAUUUCAUUGGUUGCGAGAAGACAUUCACGUGUGCCGGAGGUCUAAGUUAUCACCGGCGCAGACAUCGAAGUGAACCCACGUUUAAGUGUUCAACCAAUGGAUGCGAUGAAAUGUUCUUCACUAAACACCACCGCCUUAAACAUGAGGUCUCAGUCCAUAGCCGGGCGCCCAAACCUAAACGCAUAUAUCGGUGCGAUUGGCCGGGAUGUGAGUGGACGGGCGCUAACAGUCAUAAACACAAACUGCAACACACGGGUGAGAAGAGGUUCCCGUGUUUAUGGCCAGAGUGUGGCAAACGGUUCGCUCGUAUCGACUAUUUUAAACAACACAUGAAUAUUCAUAAUAAUGUUAAGCCCUAUGCGUGUCAUUGGCCCGGAUGUACACACAGUUACGCACAGUUGGCUAAUCUUCACUCACAUAUCAAGAGAUUUCACACAAAAUAA